AGAGGAAUAGACAGCAGCACUCAGCCCACAGGGAGAGGGGCAGAUACAUGCAGGUAGGGGGUAUAUUUCAUUCAGGAAGCUGUCACUCAUCUGGGACAGACAGACAAACAGCCUGGACACUGUACUCAGGAUUAACAGUCUAACCUCAGAGAUUUGGGAAGAACGCAGGUCUGUGCAGGUCUCGAUCCGCCCUCCUGUGCUGGAGUUUUUCUUCUAACUGGGAGUUCUAGGUUAAUCUGCAAUCAUUCUGUGCUGCAAGAAAUCCGCGGGAAUGACUGAGGAGGGCAAUGGCGGAGAAGUUGUAGGGGGCAGCUUCUGGGAGGCUGGUAAUUACCGCCGCACCGUGAAACGAAUUGAUGACGGCAGCCGGCUAUGUAACGAUCUCGUCAGCUGCUUCCGAGAACGGGCCAAGAUCGAAAAGAGUUACUCGCAGCAGCUGUCGGACUGGAGCCGCAAAUGGAGGGGUUCCAUCGAGAAAGGUCCUCAGUAUGGCACGUUGGAGAAGGCCUGGCAUGCCUUCCUCUCGGCGGCAGACACACUGAGCGAGAUUCACACGGAGCUGCGCAAUCAGCUUUGGGACGAAGAUAGCGGCAAAGUGCGGGACUGGCAGAAGGAGGCUUAUCACAAGCAGAUGAUCGGAGGCUUCCGCGAGACCCGGGAUGCCGAGGAGGGAUUUAGCAAAGCCCAAAAACCAUGGGUGAAAAAGUUUAAAGAUGUGGAAGCUGCCAAGAAGCGUUACCAUGUAGCAUGUAAGGAAGAACGGGCGGCUCAUGUGCGCGAGGAUCAUUCUAAGGCGGACGCCUCUGUAUCUCAGGAGCAGCUGCGCAAGCUGCAGGAACGCGUGGAAAAGUGUGCCCAGGAGGCUGAGAAGACGAAAGGAAACUAUGAAAAGGCUCUGGAGGAGCUAAACCGUUAUAACCCGCGUUAUAUGGAGGACAUGGAACAAGUGUUUGAAACCUGCCAGGAGGCAGAGCAGAAGCGCCUACGCUUCUUUAAGGAGAUGCUGCUGGAUAUUCACAAACAUCUUGACCUGUCGUCCAGAGAAAGUUUCCACGCUCUAUACAGAGAUCUGUACCAGGGCAUCCAGGCGGCUGAUGACCAGCAGGACUUGAAAUGGUGGAGGAACACUCACGGGCCGGGUAUGGCCAUGAAUUGGCCUCAGUUUGAGGAGUGGUCUCCAGAGACGCAGAGAGCCAUCAGCAAGAAGGAACGCAGCAGUAAGAAUGUGGAAGAAGUGACUCUCACCGGUAUUGUGCCGGCACGAGAUGGGGUAUCAUCGGGGACCCCUACUCAACAGCUGAACAGAGGGUUUUCCUACGCAGACGAAGACCAGGAUUUCUAUGCCGCUCUGACGGAUUCCCCGCGCUUAGAUGCUGGGAAGGAUGAUGCAUCUGAGUGGUCAGAGGACGACAGCCCUAAAAAGUCCCUGGACAGUAAUGGCCGCGAGGCAUCACAGGUAGAGGGCGUGCGUGUGCGAGCUCUGUAUGAUUAUACGGGCCAGGAGGCUGACGAGCUGAGCUUUACAGCAGGAGAAGAGCUCAUAAAGUUGGGUCCGGAAGACGAGCAGGGCUGGUGCCGGGGACGUCUCCUUUCAGGGAGAGUUGGACUUUAUCCUGCGAAUUACGUGGAAGACGUUUCAUCUUGAGGUCGACCGGCAGCGCUCUUCCACCAAGCUGUGUGUGUGCGUUUUGUGUCAUGAAUGGACAAUGAACAUUGGAUCCUCCUAGCGAAAUCCAUUGCUGCUUUUAACACUUAUUUUAGAAAUGCAGUUUUUUUUCCUUUUUUUCUUUCUUUUCUUAAUAAAAAAUGAUCCAGAUUCUGAAGGCUCCGCGGAGAAACCCGUUCAAAAGCCAGCGCCGAUCGGGAUGAUUUUACUUCUGUCUUCCACGUCUGUUCUAAAUAAUAUAUUUAAAUCCUGAAGCAGGUGACACCCUUUAGUGAAUACUUUCUGCCCCAACUACCAUUCUAUCUUCUCGUACUUAAGGGGGGGGGGUGUUUUAAAAUAAAAUAAUAAUUAAAAAAAAAAGCAAAUGUCGCCAAGGGAGCAACACAUAUUUUUCUCAGAGUUGCUGCACCUUUUUUUUGCAACGCAAGGUAUUAAAAAAUGUAUAUUUUUUAGAAUUUCGUUUGCUGAACAAACUAAAAAGAGAAUGUUAAGCCGGGUUUCUGGAUGUGUUUAAGUUUUGGAUCUGAGGGUUCACACUUUAAAAAGUAGGAUUUCUCCUCUUUUAUGCCCAGUCGGUAGCGAAGAAGCUGCAGCGAACGGAUCAAACGUCCAUCUUCCCAGAUCACGUGCAAACCGUAAGAAAAAGGUCGAGGAGAGAUCCCUAGCGGGUUUUCCAGUGAACGCGAAUGAAAAGGGAGGGGGAAAUGUUUAGUGCCAUCUCAUCAUGCAAGUGACCUUAUUGUGAAAAUGUAUUUUGUAUUUAAAUAAUAAUAAAAAAACAUUGUUUUUA